GGAUGACCAAGGGACAGCAAGAACGUCCCUCACUUUUGAGCGCGGCGCUCAUUAUUUUCAUAAAAUCCUGCUCAUGGCUUAUACUCUUUUCAUUCCUGCCUUUAUCUUGUUGCUGAUUAGCCAUGUGCAUGGGUAUAUUCCAGCUUUACCCACGAACGACACCACCGCAGCAGCUACUCAGGGGGGACUCAACAACACAACCGAUGUUUCUCAUCUCCAUAUCCAGUGGUACUCUAAUGGGUCGUUUUGGCAAAAUGUUUCCUACCAAUUAGUCGGAUGGAACAGUAGUGGGAUAACCCAAGGCGCUCUCGUACACUUUGGGGAGGAAUAUGCUUCCAACGACACAUCAACGACACCGUGGAUUGCUCUGAUAGCUUGCGACUACAACUCCACACAAGCUUCUAUGGAAGUUGAUAUAUUCACACUUGCUCGUGAACGUGGAGCUCAAUCCGCCCUCCUAUAUUCGAACUACUCUCAAGCAUGUAUCAUAAACCCUGCAUACGCAGAUCCUGCAUCUUUUGAUCAGGUUAUGGAUAUCUUCUCAACUCAAUCGCGCCCGGAUGCACGCGUUAUAGAAUAUCAGUUUGGGCAAUCUGGGUUGGCAAACGAAACACUUUACGAGUAUUACGAUGCCAAGCGGCUCAACGAAUCUGCAAACACAGUCAACGAGACUAUACAGAAAAAUAACCCUGUAGCUCCCGGAUAUUUAUUCGCAACCCUACAAGCAUAUAAUGCAACUAGUGCUAGUGUUGGCAGUAACAAUGCAAGUGGCGACAGUAAUAACUCGAGCGCCCCCACUACUACUGGAAGCGGUGGUAGCCGACGGGAGACUGGUCUAGCGAUGAUUAUAUUAUACGCCAUUACAGGCUGUGUCUCGGCUCUAUUCUGUGUCGUCAUCAUAUCCGGCGCUAUACGGGCGAUUCGUCAUCCAGAACGAUAUGGCCCUCGCUUAGCUGAUGGCAGUUUCGGGGGUGCUGGUGGACAUGCACGGAGCCGUGCAAGAGGUCUAGGCCGUGCCAUUCUGGAUACAUUUCCCGUUGUCAAAUUCGGUACUACAUCAGAGGUACAGCAGGACAACUCUAUUGAUUGUCAGACUAAAGACGUGGAGGCGCAAGCAAUAAGAAGAGAUAAACCCGCUAACCCACGUCCAUACACAGUGGAGAUGGAUGAGAUAAUGGUUACGGAAUACGGUGAUACAGAGGGCGUUUAUCAAGGGAUGCCAGUGCCUGCGGCGGUCGAAAGGUCAGCAGAUACUGGUGUCGAAGAGAUUCAAACAGAACCAACAGGAGAGAGUUCAAAAGAUACUUCCAUUUCGCCUCGGACCAAACCAGGGACCAGCGUCAGAGAAGAGCAUGUCAUGCCAGAUGCUAUUGGUCGGGAAACAUGUCCGAUCUGUAUCGUUGACUUCGAAGAGGGAGAUGAUUUGCGGGUGUUACCCUGCGAAGGGAAACAUAUGUUCCAUCAAAAUUGCGUUGAUCCAUGGUUGUUGGAGCUAUCAAGCUCGUGUCCAAUAUGUCGGCAAGACUUCCAUGCACUGGAAACUAUGUUAUCUGGGGAAAUGGACGAAGAUACUCAACGACAUAGUCGUCCCUAUUCGUCAUCACACAUGAACCGAUUAUCACGGUAUCUACGAUUCGCAAAGCGACGGCAUGACCGACGAAGGCAGGAAGACGAAGAUCCUACAGACCCUUACUGAUAAUUGUUGAACGUCUGAUUUCUAGACUUAUGUACGGCUAAAAUAUCUUUUCUUUUUUGUACAUUUGAUGAUUUUGUAUAUCUAUGUCAUUCCUGUAAAUUAAUAUGGACAUGGAUAGGUAGGUGAUGCGUUACAUUUGUAUCUAUUGAACAUAAUCCGAUGAUUUGUCUUUUGCUU